AUGCUCUCCCGUUGCGGGCGCUUAGUUGGCGUUGGGAACUGGUCUUAUUGCCUCUUGUCAUCGAUAUGUCCCCAUUGCCAGCUGGAGACCAAUCUCCAGACCGGAUCGCUCUUUGUUCUUCUUCCCUACACACAUCACGACACGACAAUGGGAUCUUCUCCGAACAGGCAGGGACGAAACUCGCCCACUAGGCACAAAGUCAUUAGCCCAAUCAAAGACAGUUUUCAGGAACCCGUACGUGUACACGAGAAUGGGAAGACAAGAUUGAGAAGAAGAAUCCGCAAUAUUGUCAUCAUGUUAUCUCUCACGGGUCUCGCGAUUCUUCUCCUCGCUGGAUAUUUGUCAGACAAUGCCCUCGGACAUACCCACUACGCACCCCAAUCCCAAUUCGUUAAUUGGGACGACCGGAGAGAGGAAGUCAAAGAAUCAUUCAUGACAAGUUGGAACGCUUAUAAGAAGUAUGCAUGGGGCAACGAUGUGUUCCACCCCAUUUCGAACAAGGGCGAAAUUAUGUUCCCCAAGGGCCUCGGCUGGAUCAUUGUGGAUAGCCUCGACACGAUGAUGCUCAUGAACCUGACUGAGCCCCUCGCUGAUGCACGAAAGUGGCUGCAUCGCAGUCUUACCUGGGACCAAGACCAGGACAUCAACACAUUCGAGACGACGAUCCGCAUGAUGGGCGGGUUGCUUUCAGCUCACUAUUUAUCCACAAGACUGCCACACAUUGCCUCUAGGAGGGAAUCGGUCUACUUGUUCAAGGCCGUCGACCAUGCGGACCGGCUCUUGGUCGCGUUCGAGUCCGACUCGGGCAUACCAUAUGCCAGCGUCAACAUUGGGAAGCGAGAAGGAAUCGUUUCCCACGCAGAUAGCGGCGCUUCCUCCACGGCGGAGGCCGCCACCGUCCAGCUCGAAAUGAAAUACCUGUCAUACUUGACGGGGAACGAAAUCUACUGGCAGAAAGCAGAAAGCGUCAUGCAAGUGCUGGACGACCAGAAGGCGAAGGCAGGGCUGGUGCCCAUAUUCGUACACCCGAUUCACGGACAUUUCACAACGAGAGAGGUACGGUUGGGGAGCCGAGGCGAUUCUUACUACGAGUACCUCAUCAAGCAAUACCUACAAACAGCAUCUCGUCACGACCACACGCAACGCAGCGCUCAAGUUCGUCGCGGAGCUCCCCACGGGAAUUGGAGGGCCCCUUUCACCCAAGAUGGAUCACCUCGUAUGCUUCCUCCCGGGAACGAUUGCAAUGGCAGUAAGUCUACCACUCUGUCGUGUUUGGCCCGUCUGACGUGUCUGUGCUCGGCCACGGAGGGACGUACCUUGGCUGAGGCACGCCGCGACCCGGACUGGACGAAACACCAUGAGAACGAUAUCGACCUCGCCAUAGAACUCAUGAACACAUGCAGGGGCAUGUAUGCCGUCACGGAUACCGGCCUUGCUCCCGAGAUCACCUGGUUCAAUGCAUCCGAGGCGGAUCUGCAACCUCGACCUGGCGAUAGGUGGUUACGUAGGGAAAGUAGCGCCCUGUCAAAAUGGAAAAAGGACUACACCAUCAAGCCUCUGGAUGCACACAACCUUCAAAGGCCCGAGACCGUUGAGAGUCUCUUCAUGAUGUACCGCAUCACAGGGAACUCGAUGUACCGCGAGUGGGGCUGGAAAAUCUUCCAAUCGUUCCAGGCGCACACACUUGUGCCUGGCGGAGAGGGAUACACGAGUCUCAACGAUGUUCGAACGGUUCCGCCAACGACCAGAGACAACGUGGAGAGUUUUUGGCUGGCCGAAACUCUCAAGUACUUUUAUUUGCUGUUCUCGCCCACGGAUUAUAUGCCGUUGACGGAAGUUGUCUUUAACACCGAAGCCCACCCCUUCCCAAGAUUUUUACCAAGGGGGUCGUUGAAGACGGGCUGGCAGAGAUUACCACGCUAAUGCUGCAAUCAUGAUCUUUCAAUGACGAUAGCUAUAUGAGAGCAUACUUUUCCAUAUGUAAACACCAUUUAGACUUGUUAGUUUGAGCCCUAAAGAUACACACGUAGGGCCUGUAUGAGCCGGUAGAGCCGAAAGCUGAAGCCAUGUACAACAAGCUGGGUUGUGGUAACAAAUGUCGGGGGUCUCUCACAACAGUCAAUUCAAGUUGGUCCGU